GAAGUUUCUGUCCUUGCACGCGAUCGUUGUUUCACCCCAUCGCGCACUGCUCUUCAUCGUUAAAGGGUCCUUUUAGGCUUUAGCACUGCCGUUCAAUCCGUCAAGAUGGUGUCUCCUCAAAUUACCAAUCUCGUCAUCAUCGUGGUGAUGAUGCAGCUGGCCAAGAAGGUUCCUUUCGAAAACCCCGAUGUUCUUCUUUUGGUCCGCUGCUUGUACAUCUUGUCCAACGUGAUCAUCCUGGGUCUCUACCUGUAUACGCAGGCCAAGAUCAACAAAAAGAAUGACUUGACUACGCUCAAGUAUGUCGAGCCUGCUCCCAUGGGUAGCAACGAGGAGCCUCGCCCCGUUACUACCACCGUCAGCGAGUACGACAAGGGACAGCUGCGCCAGCUGAUCCGUGGUCAGCUCAUGGGUGUUGGCAUGAUGGGUGUGAUGCACCUCUACUUCAAGUACACCAACCCUCUCUUGAUCCAGUCGAUCAUCCCUCUCAAGAGCGCCUUUGAAUCGAACCUGGUCAAGAUCUACAUCUUCGGCAAGCCUGCCACCGGCGACCUCCAGCGCCCUUUCAAGUCCGGCAACAGCUUCUUGAACCAGGGCCAGAUCAAGAGUGACAAGGCUUCGGUCGAGAGCGCCGAGAAGAACUGGCGCGGUGGUGUCAAGGAGGAGUAAAUGGGAGGCUUUGGGUAAACAGACGCGCGAGUAGGAUCGCACAUGUUUUGCACCUCUUGUAUUUAUAGAUGCCUUGCCAUUGGAGUGGAAGUCGAUUUGAGCUGCGUUGGUGCUGUCUCGCUUUGAUCUUCGCGCUCCUAAUGAUAGUGCCGAUGGGUUUACGAUAUUCUUCUCUUCUCAUGUGAUUAGAUUCUGUAAGCAGGUCAUCCUGACCCGUUUCUGGCGUUCGCAAUGACGAGGCGAUCUUGAUGCUCGAGCCAAAUAGUGGUGAUGUAGUAUGGAACGCCGGGAUUUUCGUCUGACCUCAUAUUGCGAGCUGGUGUUAAAAGACCAAUGGCCUUCGAUGUCUUAUAAGCACCAACCGCAUACAUCCAUGCUAAUACAUCGAACUGUCAUCUCAGCUGACAUGCCGGUCUCGAUGGAGGUGGAUGUGUUCAUAUGUGGAGUCAGACCCGAUCAUGGAAGCGAGGUGGUUCGGGGUUCCUUCGAUUUG